GAACAGCCGUCUCUGUCUAUGAUGGAGGAGGCUGAAGAGGGCGAGGAGGAGUCCAAAUUCCCACAGCCCCGGGGAAGCAUCUCGACUGGGCGUCAGGAUGGAGACAGAGGAGGCAGCAGGAUGAAGAGGUUUACGCCGGGAGGUGGAGCCGCGUCCGCUGCGCGCAGGAACUCCAAUAACAAUGAGCUGCUGCUCACGCACUACGAGGAGUCCGCACCUUUCACUCGCGCCACGGACAUCCCGACCUCCGUCCUGUUAUGCCCAAGAGACGCUGCCGGGAGCCGCGGCGGCUCACACUGCGGGUCUACCGGAGGGGCAGCGAUCACAGAGACAGCCGUAACCCCUCUGGCCACCGGCGCGAUCGGCGAGGGAGCCACCGGUAUGAUAUGCAACAAGAACGGCGACUGCAGAAGGGACCCGGCCAGUUCAGGGAGCCUCUCCUCUCUCCUCUCUAGGCUGGAGAAGCAGACAGGUGGGAUAGUUGCAGCUGACGAAGGCAAAGGGAAGGCUGCAUGUGAUUCCACCGUGGCGAGCAUGGACGGCUCCAUCACCUCCGCGGGCUCCUUGGCUCAGGGGCAGGGAACCGAGACUCCCGGUGUCAGCGCGGCAGCAGGUGAGAGAAAGGACCCAAGAGUUUCUUUCUCUCAUACCCCCAAUAGUAAAGACUCGACCAUGGUCCGUGGACAGACACCGGGCCAGCAGUCCAGAAAUUCUGUGACAUUUGGCAAAGCUGAGGAUGGGUCGCAGAUUGUUCCAGAUGACGGGGACCCAAGAGACAGUCGGACAUACAUGCAACGGCAGUUUAGUUCAAUGCUCCAACCCGGCGUGAACAAAUUCUCCCUGCGUAUGUUUGGCAGCCAAAAGGCGGUGGAGAAGGAACAAGAGCGCGUAAAGUCGGCGGGUAACUGGAUCAUUCACCCAUACAGCGACUUCAGGUUUUACUGGGACUUCACCAUGCUGAUGUUCAUGGUGGGAAACCUGAUCAUUAUUCCAGUCGGCAUCACCUUCUUCAAGGACGAGACCACCACGCCCUGGAUUAUCUUCAACGUGGUGUCCGACACCUUCUUCCUCAUGGACCUGGUGCUCAACUUCAGGACGGGCAUCGUGUUUGAGGACAACACCGAAAUCAUCCUGGAUCCCAAAAAGAUCAAGCAGAAGUACCUGAGGACCUGGUUCGUCGUUGACUUCGUCUCCUCCAUUCCCGUGGAUUAUAUCUUCCUCAUCGUGGAGAAAGGGAUUGACUCGGAGGUGUACAAGACGGCCCGGGCGCUCCGCAUCGUCCGAUUCACCAAAAUCCUCAGUCUGCUGCGCCUGCUGAGGCUGUCCAGGCUCAUCCGCUACAUCCACCAAUGGGAGGAGAUCUUCCACAUGACCUAUGACCUGGCCAGUGCUGUGAUGCGUAUCUUUAACCUCAUUGGUAUGAUGCUGCUGCUGUGUCACUGGGAUGGCUGUCUGCAGUUCCUGGUCCCCAUGCUGCAGGACUUCCCCUCGGACUGCUGGGUCUCCCUCAACAAAAUGGUGAACGAUUCAUGGAGUGAGCUGUAUUCCUUUGCGCUCUUCAAGGCCAUGAGCCACAUGCUGUGUAUUGGCUACGGACGCCAGGCCCCGGAGAGCAUGUCGGAUAUCUGGCUGACCAUGCUGAGUAUGAUCGUAGGAGCCACCUGCUACGCCAUGUUCAUCGGUCACGCCACCGCACUCAUCCAGUCCCUGGACUCUUCUAGACGUCAAUACCAGGAAAAGUACAAACAAGUGGAGCAGUACAUGUCCUUCCACAAACUCCCAGCCGACUUCCGACAGAAAAUCCAUGACUACUAUGAACACAGAUACCAGGGCAAGAUGUUCGAUGAGGAAAGCAUCCUGGAGGAGCUAAAUGAGCCACUGCGUGAGGAAAUUGUCAACUUCAAUUGCCGCAAGUUGGUGGCUUCGAUGCCGCUGUUUGCCAAUGCUGAUCCCAACUUUGUAACGGCCAUGCUGACCAAACUGAGGUUUGAAGUCUUCCAGCCUGGAGACUACAUCAUCAGGGAGGGCACCAUCGGCAAGAAGAUGUACUUCAUCCAGCACGGCGUGGUCACUGUCCUCACCAAAGGAAAUGUGGGCAUGAAGCUGAUGGAUGGGUCCUACUUUGGAGAGAUCUGUCUGCUGACCCGAGGCAGACGGACGGCCAGUGUGCGAGCAGACACCUACUGCCGUCUCUACUCUCUGUCUGUGGACAACUUCAACGAGGUGCUGGAGGAGUACCCGAUGAUGAGAAGAGCUUUCGAAACGGUCGCCAUUGACAGACUGGACAGGAUAGGUAAGAAGAACUCAAUCCUGAUGCACAAAGUUCAACACGAUCUCAACUCGGGUGUUUUCAACAACCGGGAGAAUGAGAUGAUCCAGGAGAUUGUUAAAUAUGAUCGGGAGAUGGUUCAGCAGGUGGAUGUGCCCAGAUCGCGGGCCAUGUCUAUGACCCCUCCGCUGCAUGGGGGUAUGUUUGCUAUGCAAGGAUCCUCCCCUCAGCCCCAAAGCUCAGCCAUUGCCACCCUCCAGCAGGCCGUAGCCAUGAGCUUCUGUUCCCCCAUGGCGGGGAAUCCGGCUGGGGCAGGAAAUCUGCAGUCCCCAAGGAUGGUGAGAAGGUUCCAGGUGACGCAAAAUGUAUCCAGCCCCAUGUCAGCCUCCCCUCUGCAGUCCCAGCUGUCCAUGCAGCCCCAGCUCCACACAGCUGGUGCCUUCGUCCCGGCUCUCUCCAGCCCCCCCAUCCAGAGCCCCCUAGUGGUCGGAGUGAAAUCAUUCCAGUAUGGAUCCAGCACCCUGGCGGGUCCUUCCUCGGGCUCCCAACUCUCUCUAGCUCAGCAACAUGUGGCGAGCCCUGUACACUGGCCCAGCACUCAUAAAAGCACCCAUUCCCUGCAAAUAGGCAGCCUGAGUCAGGACGGCAGAGUGCUUUCAGCCUCUCAGCCCUCCCUGCCUCACGACGGGGUACAGCCAGUAGCCGCAAGUCCUCCCCAAUCUACCCAGGUCUCCUCCACCUCCAUUGGACCCCCACAGACCCAGUUGGGACCCACAGCCCUCCGGGGUGCAAUACCACACAGAGUGGUGUUGCCCCACCAGAUGUCUGUGGGAGCCUUCCCGGUGGCAUCUCUGCCCAGUUCUGUGCAGGGUCUGGGGACAGGAGCGGGGUCGGUUGUGGGGGGCAUGGGGAUGGCUUUGGCAGACUCAGGACUACCCAAGAGGGACUCCAUGGCAAGUCCUUCUGAGUCGGAUCACAUUAGAAUCAGAUCCAGGCUCUCCUCAAACUUGUGACCCUAAUGACCUUCUUUUUGAGGGAGUGAUUCAGUGAGGGGGAUCUGGUUUGGCAGGAGGGACUUGGGGAGAUUUCAUCUCUC